AUGCAUGGUUAUAAAUGUUCAAUUGCACUAAAUAUGUCAAUGGAAACGUUAAAUCGAAGCGAAGAAUCCUCCGAGAGUACUUCUCCUGAAAAAGAAUGGCCAUUUCGCUUACAACGAGAAAAAUCAUUUACAAAUUUCAAAUUCACACGAUUUUUGGGUCAAGAAUAUAUUUGUGAAAGAGGGCCUGUUGAGGAAGAAGAAUUAACCAAAACAAAAGAAUCUGCGGUCCUAGAAGAUAGUCCAGCGUUUCCAAUAAAACGAUAUUACAUUGGAAUUGUUACACCAGAAACUGCUGAAUUAUUUGUUUCACGUAAUACUGCAUUUAGAGUAUAUCAUUCACUGAAAGAAAUAAUCAACAAAAAAAUUUCAUUAUGCAUCGUUUACAAAAAUAGCUGUGGCAAUUUCUACCAUUAUCUAAUCAAAGAAAGAUAUGAUAAAAAUCUUCGUACAAGACUACUUUAUGUAGAUUAUGGUGAUGAAGCACCGCCAGAAUUUAUUAGUAUUGGAGCACUUAUCAAACAUUACACGAUCUAUGCAUCGUUGCAUUCAUUUUCAUUGGCAAGUGGACUUAGUGUCGACGUUUUCCCAUGGUGGAAUUAA